UGCAUGCCCUGCAAUCCAUUCGCAUCGACCGCCGGCCAUGGACAGCCGCUUGCUGCAAGCGCCGCUUUCGGAGCUGCUGGCCACGGAGCAGGUCUUCGGACGGGUCCCUGUGUACCUGGAAGCACCUCAAGAGGUCUUGCCGGAGCAGAUCCUCCAGGAGUUGGGCUUCGCCCGGCUGGAGCUUCUGAACAAGGUCAGAAUAGGUGAAGAGCAUUCUUGCCAGCAGCAACUGCUCUUCGAUGUGGCGCUGGAUGCGGCCUCGCACUUUCUGCUGCGGGUGCUGUGCUGCUCGGAUGGGAUGGCCCAGCAAUGGCUGCUGGAGGCGGAGGAGUUCCUCCUGGCCCGGCGAUGGGAGCAGGCAGGUCCUCACGAGCGCCUGAAGGCGCUUCGUCAUUUUGUGCCCACAGCGCAGCCAGACGGCGCCUCGCUGCGCUUCACCGAGCUGCCUCCGAAGCUGCUGGCCUUGCGGCGGGCGAAGCUUUGCCGGGGUGUGGCCACGGUGGAGCCGCAGGACUUCCUGCUGCUGCUGCGCCACUGCUUCCGUGGUCAUUUGCAGAGAGCCCUCCAGGUUGCCAGUCAGGCGGUGGCAGCUCACGGCCUGGGUCUCCUGAAGGACUCAGUCGAUCUCCUCCGCCCAGCGCUGGAGCCACUUCUGCUCGAGCUGCGGAACGCGGAGCGGGCUGCGGAAGCGCCCGAGGGCGUAGGGCUGAUGCUGCACAACUUCGAGGAGAUCUAUCGGAGGUCCUUUCCACCUUGCAUGCAGCACCUGGUGAGCUUUCAGCGGAACGGCACCCACCUAAAGAACUUGGGCCGCACCCAGUUGCGGCCGCUCUUGCGAGAAGCAGGGCUGCCGCUGGCGGAGGCGAUGACCUGGUGGCGCCGCGAGUUGCUACGAGACAUCAAGGUCACGCAGGAGGUCUUCGAUCGAGAACACUCCUAUCACAUCCAGCACGCCUACGGUAGGAAUGGAAAACGCAAGCCCGCGUAUGGCUGGAGCUGCUGGAAGACCUUGGGCUUUCCCAUGCCCCAGGCCUCAGAGGCUCAUGGAUGUCCCUUUAGGGCCUUGCCCACCGAGCAGCUGGAAGACCUGCUGCGGUGCUUCGGCAGUGGACCGGUGUCAAGAACGAAGGAAGAUUCACCGCCAGACGUUGCACAGGAACAGGUGGCCUGCGGCCUGAUCUUCCAAGAGCGUCAUCCCGGCAGUGACUUCGAAGCAAUCCGGCACCCCAUGCAGUACCUACGCAGGAGCUGCCAGUACCAUGCUGGCCCUUCGAGAUCAGAGAACAAGGCUCCGGAGAAGGGCCCGCCCCAUCUGGCCACGGAAAAGUGCUCGGCCACGGAGAAGUCGAAAAAGCCACGAUUCUGCCGAAAGCCUUUGCGAAUUGCUCAAUUAAAUCAAUUCGAUGAAUAUUUCCAAUUAAAAUCAAAUAUAUAGAUAUUAUAUAAAAUAUCUUUUUAUAUAUAAUUG